GAGUGAUGAUGUGAAGGAGGAAGAACACCCUCUCUGUGAGCAGGAGAAGAGCUCCAAUUUUUACCAGGAGGAACAAAAACCCCCUCAGAUGAAACAAGAGAAGGAUGAGCCCGGACAUCAGUGGAUUAAGGAGGAGCUUGAACAUCAAGAGACUAAAGAGGAGCCAGAACAUCAGCGGUUAAAAGAGGAGCAGGAGGACCUCUAUGUUAGUCAUAAUUUAGAGCAGCGUGCUCUAAAACCAGAAACUAAUACCUUUAUGGCCAUUUUUACAAAUAAGGAAGAAUCCCACACUGUAUUAAAACCAACCAUCUCUCAGGAACCCCCUGAAGGCGAGAUUCAAGAAAAUUCAGGAUCAAAUAGAAAUAAAAAGCAUGUACAAAAAAGAAGACAUCAUAAAUCCAGAGAUCACAAUGAGAAUCUUGACAGUUCCAAACAAAAAAGGUGCAAAAAUACUCCCAAGGAUAAGAAAAUGUAUUCUUGGACUAUUUCUUGUAACAGUCUUUUGACUAAACAGAUGACAAUUAAAACAGGUGAGAGUAAUUUCCUGUGUAAGAUUUGUGGACAACGUUUUAGUUCAAAAGGUCCAUUAACAAGGCACAUAAAAAUUCACACAGGCAAGGAACUUUUCCCUUGUUUGACCUGUGGAAAACAUUUUAUUGAAAAAUAUCGACUGUCUGUUCACAUGAGAACCCACACAGGUGAGAAGCCAUUCUCAUGUGAUAUUUGUGGGAAGAGUUACAGUCAAAAAGGCUCUUUAACUGUUCACAUGAGAACGCACACAAGUGAGAAGCCUUUCCCAUGUGUCACCUGUGGGAUAAGUUUUAGUCAAAAAAUAUCUUUAACUUAUCACAUGAGGACUCACACAGGUGAGAAGCCUUUCUCAUGCGGUCUUUGUGGAAAAUGUUUCAGUCAAAAUGGCUCUUUAACUAUGCACAUGAGAAUCCACACGGGUAAUAAGCCUUUCCCAUGUGUGACCUGUGGAAUAUGUUUCAGUCAGAAAGACUCUUUAACUAUUCACAUGAGAACUCACACAGGUGAGAGGCCUUUCUCGUGUGAGGUUUGUGGAAAAGGGUUCACUCGAAAACAAAGACUGACUGAUCACUUGAGAACUCACACGGGGGAAAAGCCUUUCCCGUGUAGUCUUUGUGGGAAAUGUUUCAGGCAAAACCGGUGCUUAACUACUCACAUGAGAACGCACACAGGGGAGAAGCCUUUCCCAUGUGUCACCUGUGGGACCUGUUUCAGUCAAAAAAAUUAUUUAACCACUCACAUGAGAACUCAUACAGGCGAGCGGCCUUUCUCCUGUGAGGUUUGUGGGAAAGGCUUCACUCGAAAAAAUAGGCUAACUAAUCACUUGAGAACUCACACAGGUGAGCGUCCUUUCUCCUGUGAGGUUUGUGGAAAGGGUUUCAUCCAAAAAAGUAUGCUAACUUGUCACUUAAGAACUCAUGCAGACGAGUAACCGUUUUCAUGUGCCACCUGUGAAAAAAGUUACAGAAUUAAAUGGCAGUCAAUGGCUCACAUCAAAACUCACGUAAAUCAGUGAAUGAUAGGGCUGUACGAUUUUGCCAAAGGUCAAAACUGGGUUUGGCCCUCUCCUUUUUGGUAGCAGAUACAAAUAAAGCAGUUCCAUAGCAGACACAGGGCUGUUGAGUAUGGUAAUAGGAAACACAGAGAUGGAGGGGGGCUCCUCCUGAAGUCCACGUUCAUCUCCACAGUUUUGAGCGUGUUAAGCUCCUGUGCCCGUAAUCACAAAGAUUAUCAAAGUCCUUUCAGAGAGUUCCUAUCUUAGCCUAAAAAUCCCUACCUUGGAGUCUUAGCUUAAGAGCGAUUCAGAUAGUUGCUGAGUGCUACUCUGAGGAAGGAAAUGAUAGAAAUCUUUAUCUUGGUUAGGAGGUGUGGUUGACCCCGUUGCCUGUAGUGACCCUGUCUUUUAAGAGCUGUGAUUGGUUGGCGGCCGACCCAGGUUCGACUCCGACUCUUGGUGCUUUUACGCACCGGCCUGGAAAAUGAGAAGCGCUGCAGCAUCGAAAGCGAGGAGAUGGUAUCACACAAGCAAACAUCUAAAUUAUCUUUUAGGCUACUGACAUUAUGCAAUACAGAAAAUAAUUUCUCAUUUAUUUUAUAUAUAUUUUAUUUGUAAAUUUUUCCACUUUAAUUAAUGAUUAUCUAAAAUUUUUACCAAUUUACUUAUUCUCUAAGAAAUUACAUUAGCUAGAGCCACCUUUACCCCGUCCAGCCUCUCAAACUAAUUAAUUUCCCCCUAUGGGGGUGAUAAAGUUUAUAUUAUCUAGGUAUUAAAAUUGUUUGAUAUUUUUUAUAGAAAUGUAUGUACUCAUUUUCUCUUUGUUUAGGUGGUGGAUCAGCCAAUCAGCUUUCCCUGUUUCCACCAUUUUCCCUGCUUCAGACACUCUUAGGCUCACUAAAAGUCAUCUUCACUACUCUAACCCUACCCCUAACAUUUUUUUGUGAAUAACUUUUAUCCUACUGAGGUAAAAUUCUAAGAAGAAAUUUGGAAUUUGGGAAAUUUGGAUAGAUUUUUCCUAAAAUUAUGUCAUUAACUGCUACUUUUAGACUAGGGCACAGGUUGUUCUGGCUGCACCAGAGAGCCAGCCUUCAAUCUCUAGGCUGAUUUAUUAUAGUCCGAUUAUAGUAUCUUAUUUCUGUAACAGAAUGGUAAAUAAUGCACCAGCAGAAACCAAUAUUAAAAUUCAAAUGGAAUGAUUUUUUUUUUCUUACCUGCUGUCUUGUUUGCUGCACCUGUUUUCAAUGGAUUUUCAUCUAUUUUGGAUGAACCUGAAAAUUAAAUAGAUGAGAAAUGUAAUUUAUAAAAAAUAAAAUUAAAAUUAGGUGUUUCAACAAAAUUCAGGGGGAGUUUAAAAGGCUAAUUAAAAUGUUGAGUAAUACAAAUUUCUAAAUAAUUUUAAAAAGAAUGUAAAAAAAAGUAAUAUGUACUAGUAAGAUUUUUUGAUAGGCAUUAUAUUGCUUUACAGGAUUGAUCUUUACAAGUACAUGUUUUCUAUAAUUAAUGAAUCACAUAAUGAGGCUUAUAAAACAUUGUCAAUGUAAUGUUUGAUUCUGUUUUGUUUUUCUAGUUUAAAUGAUUAAACCUUUUUUGAAGGUCAA